AUGACCUACACACAGUUUGGAUUCCCCUGUUUUUCUUGGAAAUCAAUGCUGGAGAGCGCAGCCGCCGGCCCCGAGCCUCCCGUGUCGCGUUCCGAAAACCGAACGCCGCGGGAUGGCCGGGCCGGGGCGGGUGAGGGGCGCUCGGGGGCCGUUGCUGGCCCCGGGCCGAGCGCUGACAGCCGCGUCCCGCCCGCAGGGAAGGCGCAGGAGGCCCUGCAGGAGCGGUACCGCCUGGGUUCCCUGCUGGGGCGCGGCGGAUUUGGCAGCGUCUGCUCGGCGACACGGCUCUCAGACGGUGCCCCGGUCGCCAUCAAAAGGGUGCCACGGAACCGCAUCCGGCACUGGAGCGAGCUGCCCGACGGCACCAGCGCUCCCCUGGAGGUUGUGCUGCAGGACAAGGUGUCCACAGGCUUCCCCGGUGUCAUCCAGCUGCUGGAAUGGCUUGAGCUCCCCAGCGACAUUCUGAUGGUGCUGGAGCGGCCAGAGCAGUCUCAGGACCUCCUGCAUUUCAUUCGGGCACGGGGGUUCCUGCGCGAGGAGGUGGCGCGGCAGCUGUUCCGCCAGGUGCUGGAGGCCGUGCGGCACUGCACCAGCUGCGGGGUCCUGCACAGGGACAUCAAACCAGAGAACAUCCUGGUUGACCUGGCCACCGGGCAGGCAAAGCUCAUCGACUUUGGCUGUGGCACCUACCUGCAAGACACAGCCUACACUCACUUUGCAGGAACACCAUCAUACAGCCCCCCGGAAUGGACCCGCUUUGGCUGGUACCAUGGCGAGCCAGCUACCAUCUGGUCCCUGGGCGUCCUGCUGCACCAGAUGGUCUGUGGGAAGAUGCCUUUCAGGAGGGGCUGGAACUUCAGCUGGGGCCAGCUCUCGCUGCCACAACGGCUCUCUCCAGAGUGCCAAAAUCUGAUCGGGUGGUGUUUAUCCAUGCACUUCUUGGACAGACCCUCAUUAGAAGAGGUGUUCUGUCAUCCUUGGAUGCAGGAUAUUCAUCUGCCCUAGAAGAAGGGAGAGAGCCACAGGCACACUGUGAUGCAGGGCCCUGGGAAGGAGCUCCCAGAGAAGCUGUACCGGGUGGGGCUGCUGCUGCAGGAGACAGCGAGGAUGACAUCAAGGAUGACAACCUCUUCCUCAACCUGGCCACCAGCAGUUGAAGAGGAAGCAUUCUAGGUGGUCCAGUCUGCAUUGGGAAGUGCUUGGGAGCAGCUGUGGCGUGGAUGGGCCGUGCCCUUGGAGCAGGCUGAGGACAUUGUUUGGGACCAGCUUUUUUUCCAGCCGUGGAUGGCGUGCGGUGGGUCCCUGUCUGCUUGGCAGGGUGGGAUCAGAGCUU